AUCUAAAAAAAAUUGUUUGUUGUGUAUGUCAAUUAUGUUGACAAAAUUUAGAAGUAAAAAAAUUACGUAUGAAGGAUAGAUUUAAAACAACAAAACGUUUGCUUGUAGUAGCAUUUUUUUUACUUUUUAUUUGGACAUGCAAACAAAUAUUUGGAGAAUAAAAUAAUUAUAAUUGUAUAAUAGUUAGACUAGCUUUAAACAUGUCCAAGCACAAAGUUUCGUAUUUUUUUAAUCCGGACGUAGGCAACUUUCAUUAUGGUACUGGGCAUCCCAUGAAACCUCAUAGGCUAUCUGUUAUUCACAGCUUAGUGAUGAAUUAUGGUCUCAACAAACACAUGCAAAUAUACAGACCUUACAAAGCUAGUGCACACGAUAUGUGCAGGUUCCAUUCGGAUGAAUAUAUCGAUUUUCUUCAAAAAGUUACACCACAAAAUAUUCAAGCUUUCACAAAACAUCUCAGCCAUUAUAAUGUAGGUGAUGAUUGUCCUGUUUUCUAUGGGUUGUUUGAUUUUUGUUCGAUGUAUACAGGGGCUUCGUUGGAAGGAGCAAUGAAACUUAAUUAUAACGAGUGUGAUAUCGCGAUAAAUUGGUCUGGGGGAUUACAUCAUGCGAAAAAAUUUGAAGCAUCAGGCUUCUGUUAUGUUAAUGAUAUUGUGAUAGCGAUAUUAGAAUUGCUAAAAUAUCACCCUAGGGUGUUAUAUAUAGAUAUUGACGUUCAUCAUGGAGAUGGAGUACAAGAAGCAUUCUAUCUUACAGAUAGAGUUAUGACUGUUAGUUUCCAUAAGUAUGGGAACUAUUUUUUCCCAGGAACUGGGGACAUGUAUGAAAUAGGUGCUGAAAGUGGGCGUUAUUAUUCUGUAAACGUACCAUUGAAAGAAGGUAUUGAUGAUGCUAGUUACUGGCAGGUUUUUAAACCUGUUAUAUCGGCUGUAAUGGAUUUUUAUCAACCUUCCGCAAUAGUUUUACAAUGUGGAGCUGAUUCACUAGCUAUGGAUAGGUUAGGAUGUUUUUCUUUGAGUACUAAGGGGCAUGGCGAAUGCGUAAAGUUUGUAAAAAAUUUGAAUGUGCCUACAUUAGUUGUUGGAGGAGGUGGUUAUACACUGAGAAAUGUAGCUCGUUGUUGGACGUACGAAACUUCUUUAUUGGUGGAUGAGCAAAUUUCAAAUGAAUUACCGUUUACUGAAUAUUUGGAAUUUUUCGCACCCGAUUUUACCCUACAUCCCGACGUUGUUACUCGUCAAGAAAACGCCAAUAGUAAACAUUAUUUAGAAGCCAUAACAAAGUAUACCUUCGAUAAUUUAAAGAUGUGUCAGCAUUCUCCUAGUGUUCAAAUGCAUGAUGUACCAGGUCCGGCUCUAACGGAAGACGAGAAAAUGAAGGAAGAAGAAGAUCCGGACGUUAGAAUAAGUCAAGAUUUAGAAGAUAAAAUGGUGGAAGCUAAAAACGAAUUUUAUGAUGGGGAUAAGGAUAAUGAUAAAGACGAUGUUAAAUCUUAAGUUUUAAUUUUAUAUUGAGUGAAAUGUUUUUUUUUUAAAUAAGGAAAAUGAUCCAUUUGAUUAAAUAACUUAUAAAUUGA